AUACUGAGCGAGCGCCGCAACGCUCAAUCAUAUUAUCUUCGCUGAAACACAAAACCUUCUAUAUCAACCGUCCGAUACAUUGACACGUCAACAAUCCUCGUGAAUUUGUUUUUCAACGGUUCAGAUCUGUGCUGCAGAGCUACUGGGUGAGCGAAGAGAAGAGGCUGUUCGAGUGUUUUCUCUAUUCUUCCGUGCUCGAUUUUUCGACCGAAAAUCUGCAGCAUAAUUUGGAUUUGAAAGAUGAAGGUAACAGAGGAAUUGAAGGAGCAAGUGGAGGAAAACGAGGUCAUUGUUUUGAGUGAAGAUGAUGAAGAAUGUGACACAGAGGAAGAAGUUGUUGAUGGAGAAGACAGUGAAGACGAAGACGAUGAUGAUGAAGAAGACAAUGACGAUGACGAUGAGGAUGAAGAGGAUGAUGCUACUGGAGGUGGCGGUGAUGACGAGGAAGAUGAAGAAGAAGGAGGAGUAGCUGAAGGUGAACGUGGUGGUGAUCCUGAUGACGACGAUGACAAUGACGAUGAUGAUGAAGAUGAUGAUGAUGAUGAUGAUGAUGAUGAAGACGAUGAUGACGAGGAUGAGGAAGAGCACGAGGAAGAGGAGGAUUUGGGAACAGAGUACCUUGUUCGCCCUUUAGGCGCUGCUGAGGAGGAGGAAGCAUCUAGUGAUUUUGAACCUGUGGAAAAUGGUGUGGAGGAAGACGAAGUGGAAGAAGAUGAUGGUGAAGAGGAUGAAGGUAACAGUGAUGAUGAUGUUGAGAAGGCUGAGGUUCCACCAAAAAGAAAGAGGUCAGACAAAGAUGAUUCAGAUGACGACGAUGGUGGAGAAGAUGACGUAAGACCCUCUAAACGAUAGAAUUGGUCCAUUCUUUGCUGGAGAACUAGUCAACUAUAAGUCAACAUAUCACCCUUUGUCCGUUAAACACAUUUCAGAGAAGAGGGAUACGCAAGUUCAUGGAAGUGUUUGUUGCUAUUUUGUAUUGUUAUGGUGCAGUAUUAUUAGGGUUUACUAUAUUAAUCAGGCAAGUGCAUAGUCAAUAGUGGGCUAAAACAUGUAGUAGGACAAAUUUUACAGACUUCAAUUUUAUUUUCCACCCACUUCUUAGGUUAGUAGAUUAUUGUUCAUUCCUAUUUCUUUCUGGUACUCUCAUAUUGUUGGUAGAUCUCUUUUGUUUUAUACAGAAGUUUUUGGUUGUGUAAAACUUUUUUGUUUUUUACAUUUGC